UCUCUUUUCUCUUUGCUUUCCUUGCUCUUUGGAAAAGAAGAAAAGAGGCCUUUCCAUCCCAGCCGCUAGACAAUGUUCGACAAGCUAAAGGAAAAGAGCUUUUUCUCCUCAGGGAGCGUGAGGAGCUUAAACAGCAGCGACAACACCCAUAAUAUCGACGACUAUGUCGACUCCGACAGAGUCAUGGAAUCUUCUCCGGAAUACGUCAACAACGAGAAGAAGUCUCUCUCAGACAACUCUUUCACAAAGGAAGGUAUUGCCAGCGGAGAGUUUGAAAUUUUCUCCGACCACGAGUAUAUGGCAGAGUAUGCCGACGAGUACAACCCAUCUGGCUUGGCGGUUGCAACCGAGGAAGACAAGCACAAGUUCAGAAAUGUGACGACCAGACCGGACUUUGCAGCCAUGAUGAUUUUGAUCUGUGAGUUUGCAGAAAGAGGUUCUUAUUACGGUGUCCAGGGUAUUUUGACCAACUUCAUCAUGAGACCUUUACCAGAGGGUUCCAGAACAGGUAGAGUCAUGCCUGGUCACAUCGGUAACGCCGGUGCUUUAGGAUUGGGUUUGAAAGAUGCAAACGCUUUGGUCAUGUUGUUGCAGUUCUUAGCCUACGUCAUGCCCCUAGUCGGUGGUUAUGUUGCCGACGACAGAAUGGGCAGAUUCAAGACCAUCCUAAUUGGUGUCUGGGUUGGUAUCAUCUCUCACAUCUUGUUCAUCAUCGCCGCCCUUCCUCCUGUCAUCGCCAAAGGUCAAGCUGCUAUGGCUCCAACCGUCCUUGGUAUUCUCUCCUUGGCUGUGUGUACCGGUUUCAUCAAACCUAACUUAUUACCCUUGAUGCUCGAUCAGUAUCCUUACAGAACAAACGUCUUGAAAAAGCUGCCAACCGGUGAAGUUGUCUAUGUUGAUAGAGACCAUUCCAUGGAAACUUUGACCAUGAUCUUCUAUUGGUCCAUCAACAUUGGUGCUUUCUUGCAAAUCGCUACCUCCUAUUCGGCAAAGGAUGUUGGUUACUGGUUAGCCUUUUUGUGUCCAGGUAUUAUGUACUGUAUUGUCGUGAUUGCCAUGUUGUUUGUCCGUCCACACCUUAAGCCAGAGGUUCCACAAGGUUCCAUCUUAAAGAAACUCUUCCAGGUUCUAAAGGUUUGCUUGAAGGGUAACUGGAUCAAGAGAUUAAAGAACAAGGAAUUCUGGUCUUACGCUUACCCAACCAACAUGAAUGAAAGAGGGGAGUUUUUCAUGAACACAAAAAAACAGAUCCCAAUCGACUGGACCGAACAAGAAGUCAGGGAUUACAAGUCGACAUUGACCCAGUGUUCUAUGUUUAGUUUCUGGGUCAUUUUCAACUUAAGUGAUACUGGUUUGGGUUCCACUUUAACUGCCCAAGCAGGUUCGAUGUCUUCUCAGGGUAUUCCAAACGAUUUCUUCAACAACUUUAAUCAGAUUACCAUUGUGGCUGCCAUUCCAAUCCUCGACUAUGCUAUUUACCCGUUACUCAAAAAGAUGAAAAUCAAUUUUAAGCCAGUUCACAAAAUCUUCGUCGGUUUUAUGCUCGGUGCAUGCGCCUCCAUGGUCUCGGCUAUCUUACAAUGGAGAAUCUACCAAACCUCACCAUGUGGCUACUACGCAACUACUUGUGACACCCCUUCGCCAUUGACCGCAUGGUACGAGAUCAUUAACUACGGUUUGUGUGCAUUGGGUGAAUGUUUCUGUUACACUACUGCCUACGAAUUGGCAUAUACUAGAGCCCCAGACAAUGCCAAGGGUCUAGUCAUGGCCUUAUUCUUGUUCAACAGUGCCAUCUCUUCGGCAAUCUCAGAAGGUGUCUCCGGAGCAUUGAUCGAUCCAAACUUGAUCUGGCCGUUCACGGGUAUUGCUGCUGCAGGUGGUUUCUGCGCUAUUGUAUUUUUAGUAGUUUAUUGGAAUUUGGAUAAGGUUAUGGAAAAGGAGGCAGAAGAAAGAGAGCUCGCAAGGCAGGAACAAAUAUUAAUGCCAGUUACUUCCAACGCCCAAAGUUUAGAUCCGGAAGCAGAAUUUGAAAUGCGUUCAGCCGUUCAAUCAGUACACUGAUUCUUCACCGGGAAACAAAACUAUAGAUCAUCCCACAGUUGUGCUUUAUAUAAAUAUUUACGAUUAUGACUUUAUUUCACACAUGCAUUUUUAUACAUUAAAAUAAAAACAGGUUACAUUUUUCACCGCUCUA